UCGCCUUUCAGUCGUUUCAAUCACGUGUUCGUAGUACACUGGGACCUUGUCAGGACACUUCCUUCUUAUCUUCGUCUUUGCUUUCCUUUUUUUGUUUUGUUUCGUUUCGUUUUGUUCGUUCGUAGGUACAUACGUAUGUGUACGUACUGUCGUAUGUUUGUUUACUUGUUUUUCUCUCGUCCGUUUUCUUAUUUUGCCUCUUCAAUUUCUUCAAAUUUAUAAGAAUUAUUAAUCGGAAAUAUGAAACGUGAAUCAUACGCGUAUAAAAUGGAAUAAGUUCGAUAAGUAAAUCUAAGUCAUGAGACUAAGAUGUCUCCAAGAAUUUUUCUCGUUUUAUUCGUUGUUAUAAUAUUGUUUGGUAAAAAGUUGGUUAUUGGUUUAAACGCGACCAGUCAAGAUUACUUUUUGCUUAUUACGAAGGUUUACGCUUCUUAUGGAUCAUCCUCUGUGUUUUUUGUGGAUAGUGGUCAUUCCGAUAAUUUACAGAUAUCAACUAUGUUACACUCGUGGUCUCGUGAAAUUUCUCGUCAAGGAAUCCUUUCAACGAGUAUCAAUUUCGCCGAACUCGAGAAAAUGAGAUACUAUCAGAUAUCAAGACCAUUGUUCGUUAUAAUUAUUUCGACUUGGGAAAAUCUCGAAGAAUUUUCAAAGGUAACGAAAAAAAUCGACGUUAGCCUCUACAUUUGGUUCGUGUUAUUCGUUGAAACGCCAGAUAAUCCGUUGGAAAAAUUUUGCAAAAAUCCUAUCGGUAAUAUCUUCAAUUUGAACUUCGAUACCGAGAUGUUGAUACUUUGCUACGACGAAAUGAUAUUAAAGGAAUGGUAUUCGAUACAAGGAAACGAUACAAUAACAUCGAAUUACGCCAUUUGGGAAUCUAAGAAAGAGUUUUCUUUAAUAACAAAUAUGAGCCUUUAUACGCGAAGAAACGAUCUUUUUGGAAAAGUUUUACGCGUUGGUUGGGUCAAGGAUUCUCCUUUUAUCGGAUUAAAAAAUAAUAAGCUUAAUAUGUUGCUCGGUGAAAUAGUUAUAGAAUUAAGCAAGAUGAUAAACUUUACCAUCGAAAUAUUAGAACCUGUCGAUGCUUAUGGCAGUUGGAACAAGGAAAAUGAAACUUGGAGCGGUGUGAUCGGUCAAUUGAUCUCCGGAGAAGCUGAUAUAGGUGUUGCCGAAUUCACAGUUACAACUCGAAGACUCGAAGCCGUAGAUUUCACAUUGCCAUUUAUACUUUCACGAAAUCGUCUUUAUAUGAAAGAACCGAGCGGUGCUUCGAUUCAGUGGUCUGCAUAUUUCAAGACUUUUAGUUUUGGAAUCUGGACAAUGUUAAUCCUAGUAAUAACGACAACUCCCAUUUUAUUGACCGUGAUUAAAACAAAAGGUUCCUUCUCUGGAUCUCUUUUAUCAGAAAAUUAUAUUCACGUGUGGGGUAUUUAUUGUCAACAGGGAUUAGCAGAAUUUCCGACCGAGCCAUCUUUACGUCUGGCUUUCAUCUCCAUCUUCGUCUCGGCUAUAAUAGUCUCGGCUGCUUACUCGGCUUCGUUAAUUAGCUUCUUGACCGUGACCACAGGGAGUUUACCUUUUUCCAGUCUCGACGAUUUCGCCAACACUCGCUCGUACCAUUUGAUUGUUUUUGGCAAUAGCGCCGAUUACGACAUGUUUCUAAAUGCGAAAGACGAGGUCAUUAUAAAAAUGAUGACUUUAAUGAAGCCGAAAAGACAAUUACCAACUAGUUUGCACGAUGGAUUCGAUCAGGUAUGCCAAGAGAAAGUGGCGUUCUAUACGACCGAAGAAAUGAAAAAGACAAUAAAUCUUUAUCUAUCUUGUAAGGUUAAUUAUAUAGAAACUGGUAGAUCGGAUAGUUUAGCAAUGACCUUACCGAAGGAUAGCCCUUUCAAAGGCAUAAUAAAUUAUCACUUGCAAAAAUUCAUAGACAACGGUAUAAUGAAUCGUUUGAGAGGAUUGUUCGUUAUACAAACAAGUUUGUCGAAAACUAGUCACACUGCAGUCAGUUUAUGGGGUAUUGCACCAAUUUUGGCAGUACUCAGUGGCGGUACAAUAUUAGGUAUUAUCAUUCUAAUAAUGGAGAGGACCUAUUAUUAUUUUAAAAUCAAGAAAGAGUUUUCGAAAUCUGAUUUUAAAAGAUUAUACAACGGAUUUAACGUUCUAAAGUCUCCUGAUAUCAAGCAAAUUGAUAAGAACUACAUAUUGGAAAAGUUGAACAGAGCUCAAAAAAUUAACGAGUUCAAACCAUCGAUUAAUUAUUUCCCGUGAUGUCUAAAUUUUUAAUUAAAAAUAAAAAAUAGAUUUAUCGUGACAGCCUCGGAAAUAGUAAAUCGAUCGAGACACGACCUUCUGAUAUAUCUCUUUCUUUCAUUUUCUUUUUUUCUUCUUCUAUUUUUUUAUUUUUUUUUUUUUUUUUAU